AUGAAUUACCCCGGUGGUCGUGAUAUAUUCCCGACAACCAACGCUGAUAUACCGCCGCCAGGGAGCUACGAUGUUACGUCUCCCGAGGAUCGGUACAAGAAAUAUGCGUUUAUCAGCCACAGCGAGCGAUUCAAAUACGAUCAGCCAUCGGCAUCAGAGGCACCCAGUCUGCGACGGUCCAACCCCCACGCCAGCGGCAACAGUCAAACAACCUCUCACAAUCCGGCGUUUCACCACCGCGCACCACCAGACAGCAGCACAAGCAUGGCGAUAUUUCGGGCCGAAGAGUCCCGGCUAAAACGCGAAAUCGAACGCUGCCAAGCGCUUCUCCACGAGCAGCAAACCGAGGGCGCACGCGAAGCCCGAAUGCUCGCCGAAAAAAUCACGCAGGCCGAAUCCCGCAUCCAAUCUCUCCAGCGAGAACGCGGUGAACUGCGGCAGCGGGUUCUGCGGACCGAAGCUGAUCUUCGGGCCAAACAAAAGGAAUGCUCAGUAUUAGAGAAGCAGCAAGUUUCUAUGCUGGCGAAUCCGCGGCCGGACCGACCACUGCGUGACCACGCCGAGGCAGCAAACGCAAUGUGCGCGCGACUCAAGGCGGCAAUGGAGAAAAUGCGCACGGGCGCAGAGGAGGACCGGCGACGGGUACGGGCGCUAGAGCAGUUGGCGCGCACGCUGGAGCAGCAGAAAGACGCGGCAGAAGCAGAGCUCCGCACAGUGGCAGAGCAGGAGUACCCGAGGAAACUACGUGUGGCAGAGGAGGACCGGAGGAUGCGCGAGGAGCAAUGGCGGGAGGAAACCAGGCGCCUGGGUGUGACCCUGCAAGAGGCGCGCGAUAACGCUGCGCGGUAUAUGGCCGAACUCGGCGAAGCCACGGUGCAUGCGACAGCGCUGGAGGCGGAGCUGCAGAAGGCGCGCGAGCAAGAACGUUUGGCGGCCAAGGAUACGCGCGACCAGGUCGAUCGCGCAAUGGACCAGCUGGCGGCGACCCAUAGCCGCAUGGGCGACCUCGAGCGCCUGUCGCGCCAGCGCGCGGAGGAGUCCGAGCGCGUUGUGAGGGCGGCUGGCGGCCACGUAGACGAGCUCAAGGCGGAGGUGGCAAGGCUGGAGGCGGAGCGCGCCCGGAUGCUCGGCGAGCUCAACGGCGAAAUCCAGGCGCUUGCGCUGGACUACCGCAGUGCGCAGCGCGACUUUGCGUCAUCGGUCAAGGGCGCCGACGAAGAGCGUGGGCGGCGACUGGCAGAUGCCCAGCGCGAAGCCCUGGCAUUGCGCGCAGAGCUCAGUGAGCUGCGCGGCGUGCUGCUGAAGAAGGAAAUGGCGUGGAAGGAUAAGCAGGUGGAGAUCCGCGGAUACCUGCAGGCGGCGGCCGACGACUACGAGGCGCUGCGCAAGCAGUCAGAUGCGAAGCAGGCAGCGCUGGAGCAGCGGCUGCGCGCGCUUGACGAGCAGGCGCAGGCGAGCGAGGCGGCGUGGGCGGAGGAGCGCAGCGGGCUGCUGACGAAGCUGGAUGGCGCCCAUAAGGAUGGCUACCGGCUGCGCGACACCCUGGAUGCGCUGCAGAAGGAGGCUGCGCAGACCAAGGCUGACUGCGACGCCGACCUACGGCGCAUGGCGCUGGAGCUCGGCGAUGUGCGCGCAGACGCCGAGAAGGCUGCCGUGCGGUGGGCGGAGGAGCGCCGCGAGCUGCAGCGCGCCCACCGCGAGGCUGUUAAUGCACUAAAGGAGGAAAACGCGCUGUUGGAGCAGGGCAUGCGUGAUACGCGCGUGGAGCUGGAGCUGCAGCUCCAUGAGAUGCAGGCGGAGCUGGAGUACAUUGAGCGCGUGCGCGGCGAGGAGCUGGAUGCGCGCGACGGCCAGCUGGCUGACACAGAGAGCAGCGUUAAGACGCAGGCGCGCAAUAACCGCGAGCUGCAAAUCCAGCUGGAGGCGCGCGAUGCCGAGCAUGAGAUGCAGAUCGUGGCUGUUGAACUGGCCGCUGAGGAGACCCAGCGGGCGCUGCGCCGCGGCCACGAGCAGCAGAUGGCAGCUUUGCAAGACGAGCACGAACAGAAACUGGCAGCUUCGCAAGACAGGCAUGAGCAGCAGAUGAAAGCCUUGCAAGGCAAGCAUGGGCAGCAGAUGGCAGCCGUGCGCCGAGAGAACGCCGCGCUUGAGGCUCUUUCCGAGGAGAAUAGUAAACUGCGGAACCGCGCCGAGGACCUGGCUGAGGAGAACAAUGUGCUGCGGAGCCAUGCCGAUGAUCUGGCUGAGGACCUGGCGGCGGCCGGCACAGUGCGCGACGAUGCACUGAGCCACUACAUCGGCAUCAUGCAUGACCUGGCCGACCGCCACAGCGCGGAGAAGAACGCGUGGAAGGCUGAGCGCGAGGCCAUGCGGGAGCGCGUUGGCCGGUACCAGUACCGCGAAGCCAUGUACGCGAUCUCGCAGGACUAUCUGUUGUGCAUGUUGGAUCUCAAGGAGAACGCGCGCGCGCAUAUGGUGCGGGAGGCACGCAGCCUGUAUUGCGAGCUACAGGACCAGGCUGCGGUUGCCGAUGACCACAUGGAUGCCGGCAAUGAGCUUGCAUUGGAUCUCCAGCGUCUGCUCUCCCUGGACUCCGCAGAUGGGUCAUCGCGCGCUGGCGGGGAUGUGCCUGGUGCGGAGCGGAUGAUUGAUGAGCUGCGGACAUGGACGCGCCAUGCGUUUAUUGAUGACAUGGAGCGGUUGCAGGAGGCGCGGGUCGCAAAGGUGCGGGUUGAUGCGGAUCUGAGGGAGCUGAAGAGCAUGCGCGUGCAGGGUGAGAUUGUAGAGACUGUCGGUGGGAUGAGCACACAGUAUAGGCGCGAGCGGGCCCGCUUGGAGGAUGACUUGACUGUGGCGAACAAGAACUACCAAGAGCUGGAGAACCUGGCUGCUGCUAAUCGCCAGGCCUUUGAGUCGCGCAUUUCUGAACUGGAAGCUGCGCUGAAUGAUGAGCUUGAGCGCCGGUCGGGCUUGCUGGCGGCCAACAACAGCAACAAUAGUGGUGACCGCAGUGUGCUUGAGAAGGGGACUGCGGAGCUGCAGCGGCUGAAUGCUGAGCUGGAGGCCCGGAUCGAGGGAAUCGGAUAUGAGGUCGAGGAAGAGCGCACGGAGUACGAGCGCCAGCUCCAGGCCUAUGACCGCCAGAUCCGGAAGAUGAACCAGGUGCUUGAGCAGUGCGAGGCAGAUAUGGCUUCGCAGGUCGACGAUAUCACGCAGAUGCACCAGUAUAUUGUCGAGAUUGAGGGCGAGCGCGCUGUCAUGGCCGAACAGUCGCAGUUCCAAAUCAACUGGCUCAAGGAAAACUACACCACAGCUUACCGCGACUUGGACAAUGUGUUGAGCAACAAUGGAGGUGGGCAUAAUAACCUGCGUCAGCGCAUCAAGUAUGUCGAGGGCCUCAAGUCGCAGAUUCUGGCUUUGAAGAAGGAGAACUUUGAGUAUUUGCGCGAGAGGAACAGAUACAAGCAACAUGUUGUUUUGCUUAAGAGUGAGCUCGACGCGUAUAAGGAGGUUGGCGAUACUGAGUCGAUGCAUUCUCACGCUUUACAUACGCGACGCCAAACAAAGUCUGUCCAACCCAAACAAUAA